ACAAUUGAAUAGUUCCAUAUUAACUUAUCCAGAUGAUGGACCAGAAUCUUUUCAAUAUGCAUAUAUUGAACCACAAGAUCUUCUCGAGCCUCAGAAAAAAUUCAAAGAUAAAAAAUCUGAUAUAUAUAGCAUUGAAAAAACUAUCACUGGAACACCCCAAGCUUAUGCCGACCUUUACAAAAAAUGUUGGUCUACUGAGCUGGAUGAACGUCUAGCAUUGGUCAAUAUUUUACGAAAUCUUAAUCAGCUAUCAGAAGAAAAUUGUGUAGAAUUCAUUACAAAUAUUAUAAAUAUUGAUGUACAUUCUAGUGAAACCAUCUUAACAAUUCAACACGCUCUGUAUGGCAUGGUAUCUGAAUCUAUUUUAGUGAUAUGUUUAGUUGCUUUACUAAUUAUUGUAAUCAAAAUACAAGAAGUUUCUAAGACAAAUAUUGCAAAUUUAGCAGAUUUAUAUCGGAAAUUUAUCACAG